AUGGCGUCUGGCGAGAAACAAAGUAAUGCCUCUUUAUAUAGUACCUUAUCGUCAGUUCAAUACAAAGCAGGUUGUAGUUUCGUUGAAACAUUAGAGCUAAAGCUUGGUGAUAAAGUGUUAGACAUGGGCUGCGGUACAGGGGAACUGACAACAUACAUCGCGAAGCAAGUGGGCGAGCUUGGUAAAGUGAUUGGUGUUGAUCCCGACCAUGCAAGAGUUCAGCUCUCUCAGGAAAAUAUGAAGAUGGUUUCGAACGCAAGUUUUCACGUGGGGAAUAGUGAGUCUGGAUUUCUAAAUUAUUAUCAAGCCUACUUCGACCUUCAUUACAGUAAUCAUGUUUACCAUUGGCUGAGCAACGAAGAGAAAGCGGUUUAUAUUAAAGUGGCUUUCCAAUCUCUCAAACCAGGUGGACUGAUCGCCGUUCAAUGCCUAGCACAACCCGACGAUGACAUUGAUAAUCGCUUGAUCGAAUCCGCACUCGGCAAGUCUGUGUCAUCCAAGAUUCAUUUCGCUGAAGGGAGCUCUUCGAAAGAGUUGCUGCGUGACGUCGGGUUUACCGAGGUGGAUGUAAGGAUUAUUCCUUCAGUAACGUAUUAUAGUUCGUUCAAAGUGUAUGCUGAGUCGUUCCUUGCUGCUGGUUACACAGAUAUUGAAGAGUUACCGGAUAAAAAAUUGCUGGAAGAGUUUCAAUUGAAGUCAAUCGAGAAAGAUGGGAGAGUAAAAUCAAAAUAUAACCUGAUUCAAAUCAAGGGACGGAAAUCGUAA